CGCCUAAAACGCCUCGUAAGCCAUUCUAUUUUGGUUUACGAUUAUAACGCUCUGAACUUAAGUGGAGUAGAAACGUGAACGUGAUGGUCGUGAGUGCUUAGUGGAAUGCACCCGAAAUAACCUAUAUGAAUGAGUUAGUUAGCUCUAUCCAUCCUUCAUUCAUUUUUUAUAACAUUUAAUAUACUUGUAGUUCUAUGACAAAUGCUAUUACUUGUAUCACGUCAAAAGAAUACGUGAAAGCUAUAGCGAUGUGUUUGACAUUUAUCAUCUGUUUACAUCAUUUUAUCUUUUGUAUUGUAUUCCAAAAUAAAACUGAAAUUUUUUAUUAAAAAUAUGUCUUAAUCAAGUUAUAAAAGUAUUCAUAAGAUUACACCAAAGUUUAGAAUUAGAAUUGCUGUUGUAGAAACAAUUAAUAUUUUGUCAAUAUCACUAAAAGAAAUGACCACUCCUGACCAAGAAAAUGUUUUGAACUACAAUCAAUCUGAAAGUAAUAAUGCACAAUCUCCGCUUGAUGUUUCAUAUUCAUAUAGUGUUAACACAGCACAUUCCGUUAGGGAUUACAUUAUUUCGGAAGAUUUGUUGGCUGGUCAACGAACCAAUGGAAGAAUGUCCAACAUCCGAAGAUUUUUCUGUUUAUUUGUUACUUUUGAUUUUUUGUUUACAUCUCUGAUGUGGAUCAUUUGUGUUAUGUUAGAUGGGCAGUAUAUCAUUAAGGCAUUAACAGAACAAGUGAUACAUUACAAUAUACAGACAUCUCUAUUUGAUAUUGUGUUAGUAGCUUUCUGCAGAUUUUGUAUGUUAACCAUAUUUUAUGCAGCACUCUACAAAAGUCACUGGAUUAUAAUAUCAAUUACAACAGCUGGAACUUGUGGCUUUCUUAUUGCCAAAGUGCUUUAUUUUGAUUGGCCACAUUCCUCGCAACCUGUAUUUGAAGUAUUGUUAGUUUUAGUAUCAUUCAUCCUUGCCUGGGGCGAGGCCUGGUUUUUAGAUUUUCGGGUUAUUCCACAAGAAAAUUAUGCAAAUAGAUAUGUUAUAGCUGGAGAGACUGAAAGAACUCCUCUUAUAAGAAGUUACGUUCAAGGGCUUCCAUCUGUUUAUACUGAAAGCGUUGGUAAUUUUUACUCUCCACAAGGUUCCCCAGAAGGCUCCUUGUAUAGAGUUGAACAAACAAACCCUCCAAGACUAUACAAUCCUGUUCGAUUAUCAAGGAAAGAGGAACAUGAUUACAAGAAGUUGGCCUCUGCUACCGUCGAGGAGGCGUGGAAUCUAUUUAAAAACAGUCUCUGGACACUUCACACUGAAAAAAAUAAUGAUAAAAUUUUCGUGUCUGCUGAUCGUAAUAAUAAGAAAAUAUUUAAGUUACAGGCUGUAAUUGAUGCAUCACCGCAGUACCUUGUAGAAGAAUUAUAUUAUAAGGAAUGUGACAUGACAAAAUGGAACACUUCCGUUAAAGAAACAUAUAAAAUACAAACAAUAGACGAAUAUACGGAUAUAACGUAUACGAUAUCUAAAGAUUCCGCCAAAGGUCUCGUCUCCAGUAGAGAUUUUGUAAACUUGAGACGUUUCACUAGAAUGGACAAUGCUUUUGUUAUAUUUUCCUGUAAAACAGAACACCCUUCUGUUCCUAAAAUAGACAAGAUAACUAGAGGGGAAAAUGGUGCUGGUGGUUUCAUAAUAGAAGAAUUCAAGAACGAUCCAAAUAAAUGUACCUUCUAUUGGAUUCUCAAUGUCGAUCUAAAAUUAGAGUGGGUUCCAAACCGUCUUUUAGUCAAAGAAUUCUCUUCUAUGAUGUUCAUAUUCGUCGAAGAACUGCGACAAUAUCUUAGGACGAAAAAAUCUCCAAGAAAAUAGUAUUUAUAAGACUGAUAAUCAUUUUUUUUUAUAAAUCUAAUAUUUGAAAUAUUGCCACCCUAAAUAUUUUUAAGUUUUUGUAUAUUUUUUAAUUUGUUCAAAAAAAGUAUCAAAGAUCAUGAGAAUUAUAUAUUAUAGGAAAAUCUCCAAUUAUACAUCAAAUAUCCUCUACUUAACACUGUACAGACGGGCAAAACUAGCUUUUAAAUGGCAAAAAUUGAAUACUAAUGAAGGCAACAUGAACAUUUGAAGGAGGCUGUAGAAUCUACUGAUUUCGGUACUGGUUUUUGUUUUCUACGGCGGUAAUAUUCUUAAAAAUCGACCUAGCUUCACUAAAAUGGACGACUGCAGGUUUUUAAAGACUUUUUCACAAAUUUGGUGUUAUUUUUUUCUUCUAAAUGCCAAUACUUUAGUUACUGUUGCAUAUUCAAGCUUCAGCGCCCUGCAGAAACUUAUUGAAUGAGGAGUUUAAUUAUUCCAUAGAUACUGAGCACUGUUUAAACUAUCACUACACCAACUCUCGAAAUCACACUACCUGACGCGCGUUUGUAGUGUGUUAAACAGUUUACCUUACCUAAUAAUACUAACAAAGAAACUGGCCCGACACAUGCAAUAAACAAAUUUGUUUUCCUGACUUAAAAUAUAACCACGCUUACCUGGGAAAAGUUAAAUCCGGAAAUAAAUGAUCCGCUCUUCCAUAAACUGCACAAUCACGAACCAUUUUAACAAUUAGGUCUGUGAUUAUAACCAUAGAUAAACCACAUCCUAUAGAUAUCAAAUUUAAGUUCUCGUUUCAGCGCCAUCUCUUGGUUAGUGAGCACUACUAAACGUACAUGAAAAUAGUUUUCUUUCUGUUUUGUGCGGCAUACUUCAAAUUGAAAUCUUUUAUCCAGUUGCCGCCACGUCGAGCGAAACUGUUGAUAUUUCUGUGAAAAAAAAAAUUAGUACUAACAUUGUCUUUCGAUAUGGUUUGAGAUUGUUCUAAAUAGUAUAAGUCCUAAUUUAAAACUGACAGUCUUAUAUAUAAAGGUCGUUUUAUUAUCAAAAGUUCAUGAAAAUAAAUGUUCAUUUUAAAGAUUUAUUAGAAUAGUAAGUAUCAUAAACUCUAAUUUUUUGAAAUCAAGUUCUAUUUUAAAGUUUUAGUUCUUAACCGAUUUUUUAAAAACGUAAGUCCUAAUUUUACACAUUAUUUUUAACCAUUUCAUCAACAUUAUUUCUAUUUAGUGCACUGAGUAUUUGUUUUACGAGCCUCGGUCUUAAACAAGCAAGUCCUAAGUUUAAAUAACAUUUUAACUUCACGAUCGUUUUGGUUGAUACAACUCUAUUGGACUUUGGUCUUUUUUGUGUUCUUAACAGCAUAAAUUUAGUUACAUUUUGCAUUAUUUGAUUAUUUUGUGCAGAUAUAUUCUCACUGGAAUCAAACUUCUGUAUUAAAAAUUAGAAAACAAAUUUGAUAUAUUUUUAACCACCCCAACAACAACAAAUUGCUUGUACGUUUUGCAAUAUUGUACAUGAACCACUUAGGGGUAGGGGUUGACGUUGGUUAGGGUAUUGUGGGUUGGUUAAUAAGCUUGUUACAUUCCCAAUAAA